UUUGACCCAUUUGACAUCCCCUCUUCGCCGUUAAAACUUAGUUUUCUGUUGAAAGCUGUUGCUUACGGAUUGAAAUCCGUCGUGUUGCUGGGUAGUGUGCAGAUUGUGUCUGUUAAAAAGUUCUUUUUUCAUCUAAUUAAAUUAAGUUCCUUCCAGGAAGAUGUCCGACGACGAAGAAGUUUACACUGACUCUGAAGAGGAGGCGCAACCAGAAGCAGAUAAGAAGAAAGAAGGAGAUGGAGAUCCAGAAUUCGUUAAGAGACAAGAAGCUAAAAGUUCUGCUUUAGACGAACAACUGAAAGAAUAUAUCAUAGAAUGGAGAAAACAAAGAACAAAGGAAGAAGACGACUUGAAACGUCUAAAAGAAAAGCAAGCCAAACGCAAGGUGAUGCGUGCCGAAGAAGAGAAGCGUAUGGCUGAACGUAAGAAACAGGAAGAAGAAAGACGCCAACGUGAGGCUGAAGAAAAAAAACAAAAAGAUAUCGAAGAAAAAAGACGACGAUUAGAAGAAGCUGAAAAGAAACGUCAAACUAUGAUGGCUGCUCUCAAAGAAAACCAAAGCAAAACCAAGGGACCAAAUUUCACCAUUAGCAAAAAAGAUGCCGGAGUAUCCUUAUCUUCUGCUCAAAUUGAAAGAAAUAAAACUAAAGAACAAAUUGAAGAAGAAAAGAGAAUAUCGUUAAGCUUUAGAAUUAAACCACUUAACAUAGAUGGUUUCAACAUUCAAAAAUUGCAAUCCAAAGCUAAAGAAUUGUGGGAUUGCAUUGUAAAACUUGAAACUGAGAAAUAUGACUUGGAAGAAAGACAGAAACGUCAAGAUUAUGAUUUAAAAGAAUUGAAAGAAAGACAAAAGCAACAACUUAGGCACAAAGCCCUGAAGAAAGGACUGGAUCCUGAAGCAUUAACCGGCAAGUACCCUCCAAAAAUCCAAGUUGCCUCAAAAUAUGAAAGAAGAGUGGAUACAAGGUCAUAUGACGACAAGAAAAAACUUUUUGAAGGAGGUCAUCAAGAUUCUGUUAAAGAAAGUAACGAAAAAGUUUGGUCAGAAAAAGUAGGACAAUUUGAGAACCGCCCCAAAUGUAAAUUACCGAAAUGGUUUGGUGAACGACCGGGUAAAAAGAAGGAUGAUCCAGAAACCCCCGAAGAGGAAGAGUUGAAGAAAGCUGAAGAAGACCUUGACAUUGAAGAACCUAACUUUGGAAAUGAUGAUGAAGAAGUCGAAGAGGAGGAGGUAGAAGAAGAAGAAGAGGAAGAAGAGGAGGAAGAAGAGGAAGAGGAAGAGGAAGAAGAAGAGGAGGAAGAAGAAUAACCAUUUUAAAAGAAUUAAGUGUGAAAAAUGAAAUGAAUCAUGUUAUUUGUAAUGAAAAAAUUUCGUAAAUUAUGUCUUUUAUAAUUAUUGUAAAAAAUUUAUACAACGAAACAUUGUUUAUGUAUGUACAUGGAACACUUAUUAUUUUUGUAAAUUAUACUCAAACAAAGGAGGAUUAUCAACUUUCUCCCAUUUUUCCAAUUUUGUUGCCAAUAAUUUUGAAAUGCGACUUGUAAUUUUUUCUAGUCUAAUACUUACCUAUUCUCUAAAAUACAUGUCUAUCAAUAUUGUCGCCCA